GGCCUCUCUCACCGCUUACACCACCAUGGCUCACAAAACUGCGACGGCGAGGUGCAUUGACGAUGAAGAAGAAGAUGAGUACGUCUGCAGGAUCUGCAGAACUCCAGGUGAUGAAGACAAUCCACUUCAAUAUCCAUGCAUCUGCAGAGGAAGCAUCAAGUUUGUGCACCAAGAUUGCCUCCUUCAAUGGCUUAACCACUCCAAAGCUCAACGAUGCGAGGUUUGCAAGCAUCGGUUUUCAUUCACACCACUUUACGAUGAGAAGGCUCCCACAAGACUCCCUUUGAAGGAGUUCGUUUUUGGCGCUGCGACGAAAGUCUGGCGUUGUUGCCGUGUUCCGCACGUCUUUCUUCUGUUGGGUUUACUCCUUUCGGUCUGGCUUGUCACUCUUUCUUUCAUCACGUUUUGGACAUGGAGAUUGGCUUUUGUCCGGAGUUUCGGUGAAGCUCAGAGCCUCUUGUUCUUAAGCCACGUCUCCUCCACAAGAGUCGUCCUGACCGAUUGUUUGCUUGGUUUCUUACUAUCUGCAACUAUCAUCUGCAUUCUCCGUGAAGCUGCUUCGUUGAGGAACUUCAUUAGGCAUUUGGAAAGAAACUUUCUGUUUUACCUUCGAAUACAGAGUCCCCUGUUUCCCUUGUUUAGUGUUCCGGCAAGGAAUAUAAUAUUUAUUGGUGUUGUCAUCUUUGUGCCCUUCACACUAGGACGGGUUAUACUGCAUCAUGUUGCUUCUGCUGAUCUCUUGAAAGGCUAUGUUGCUGGUGGACCAUCAAAGCUAUAUGACGUUACAACUCUAACGGUUGGCUACAUGUUUGUAGUCUUCCUUUACCUUGGAACCAUUGCGCUGAUUCGAUAUUUCAAGGGCCCGCCGUUGAACUUUGAUAGACUCUAUGGUAUUGCUGCUUCAAUAGUAGAAACUAUACCACCUCUCCUUAGGCAGUUGUCGGCAGGAAUCAAACCAGGGACCCUUGUUGCCUAUUAUUUUGGGGUCUUACCCUUGAUGUGUGGGUGGUGUCUAGAUGUUUUCACGGUUAGUAUGUUUGGUGAGACAACAAUGUCCAGCAGAGUAGAGUAUCUAUCAGUUUCCCCGCUUGCAAGCCCACUUGUUCAUUGGGCUGUUGGAGCGUUGUACUUGUCGAAAAUAGGCAUAUGCGAGGAGCUUCUUCCAAAGGUUCUUCGCCGUGAAGCUUUGUUUUUCCUUGAUGAUCCUCAUGAAGAUGAUGAUGACCCGUUCCAGUUCAUAAUUGAAGAAGCAGAACGCAAGCUAGGUUGGGGUAUUUUGUUAGAUGUUGCAAAGUAUGGGAGUUUGAUUUUCUUGCUGGUGUUUUUGCCAGUCAAGCUUGCUAUCAUGAUGGCUCCUACGGUCUUCCCUCUUGACAUAUCUGUAUCUGAUCCAUUCACUGAGAUUCCUGUCGGCUUGCUCCUGUUUACAAUCUGCACGCAGUUUAUCAUCGAGCAUUUCAGACUCUGGACCACGGUUAAGUCCCUUGUACGCUGCUGGUUCACCAGCGUCUGCUGGGCGCUUGGUUUGUCAGACUUGCUCUUGCCAAUACCAGAGGACAACGGAAAUGAUGAGCCAGGGAGGCAGAACAGAGGACCUGAAAGAGCCAUGGGUGUGCUUCCAGCAACUGUUGACCAAAACAGAAGCCUCCUCCUCGCUGGGAACGUAGAACAAUCUCAUUCAGAGUACAUCUUUGUGCUGCGUGUAGUCCUUCUACUACUUGCUGUAUGGGUUACACUUCUUCUCUUCAAUACGGCAAUGAUAGUUGUACCGGUUUCUCUUGGCCGUGCUCUGUUUAGUUCCAUACCAACUCUCCCUAUAACGCAUGGCGUCAAGUGCAAUGACCUAUAUGCUUUUGUCAUCGGCACAUAUGCCUUUUGGACUACCAUAUCUGGGGUCAAGUAUGCUCUCGAGCAUUUGAAGUCAGAAAGGACUUCAGUCUUGCUCAACCAAGUAUGGAGAUGGUGUGGGAUUGUCUUCAAAAGCUCAGUGCUGGUAGCCAUAUGGAUUUUUAUCAUUCCAGUGCUGAUAGGACUUGUGCUUGAGUUAUUGGUGAUUGUCCCAAUGAGAGUCCCAGUAGAUGAAACUCCUGUCUUCCUCUUGUAUCAAGACUGGGCUCUUGGCCUCAUCUUUUUGAAAAUCUGGAAAGCAUUGAUAAUAUCGCUGGAUGAUAGCUGGAAAGCAAAGUUUGAGAGAGUAGAAGAAGAUGGAUUCUCAAGGCUUCAAGGGUUAUGGGUGCUCAAAGAGAUUGUAUCUCCUAUCCUGAUGAAACUCCUGACAGCAUUAUGUGUGCCUUAUGUCCUGGCGAGAGGAGUCUUCCCCAUGCUCGGAUAUCCACUGGUUGUGAACUCGGCCGUCUACAGGUUCGCUUGGAUAGGUUGCCUCUCUGUGAUCCCCUUCUUUUCUUGUGCAAAGAGAUGUCAUGUCUGGUUCAGAAACCUUCAUAACUCUAUCCGUGAUGACCGUUAUCUCGUUGGUCGGAGACUCCUUAACUUUGAGGAAGCUGCUUUGGGUCAACGAAAAAUAAUACCAAAGCAGUGCCAGUGAGGAUGGUGUUUUAGUUGUGACUUAGACGUGCAAUCUAACAAGAAGCUUAGAAAUAAUAUUGUUCUCUAUGUGUAUAUUACUAGACUAAUUUGAGUAAUGAUAUUAUGAUACAGUAG